AUGCGUACCUCAAUUGUUGCCCUCUCCGCUCUGGCCACUGCUGCCAUGGGUGCCAACUCGACUUACUCUUAUACCUUCCCCGCUGGUUGGGACAUCGCCCAGGUCGAGAAGGGUGAUCUGAGCGCUUGGUGCUCCGGUCAGCGCAACACCUGCCCCGAGAUCUGCCAGAAGGGCACUAAGCUCAACUCUUGUGAUCCCGCCACUCUCAAGUUCAGCUGUGUCUGCACUGACGACUCUGCCCCCGACGUGUCCGAGUACAUCCAGACCGUCCCCUUCUACGUCUGCCAGGACGCCUACGGCCAGUGCAUCAGAUCGCACCCCGAUGACGCUGAGGGCCAGCGCGCUUGCAAGAAGGCCAUGAACUGCGGUACCAAGAACGCCAGCGAGACCAGCACUACCUCCUCUUCUUCCACUUCCGCUAGCGCCAGCACCACUCUGGCCGUGUCUACCUCCACUGACUCGUCUGCUUCCGCGACCUCGUCCGCGGCUGCUGCCGGCACCUCCACCAACGCCGCCGCCGUGCUCGGCGAUAUGACCCAGUACUCUACUGGUCUCAUGGCUGGCCUCAUGUUCGUGGCUGCUCGCAUGGUCCUGUAA